UAGUGACGCUCACAUUUCCUACUCACCUGCAAACGUGACGGAUGUGGGUAUUUGUAUCAGUGGGUGUGUGUGUCACGCAUCACAAGCGGAUGUGAGGACUCCACUUUCUUGGAAGACACGAGAAUGGUUUGAUCCUCCCUCGGGCAGAAAGCAUCCAGGUUACCUCCAAGAAGAAGCCGCUCCAAGUGCACGUUCCCAGCUCACAUCAGAGACACAGAGAGAGCUGCACGCAAUUAACAGCCUGGAAACACUUAAGCCCUCUGGACACACUUCCAUCACUUCCAGUGUUUUUGCUCACUGAGCAGGUGUUUUGGGACUUUUGAAGCUUUCCUGACAAGACUUUUGCUUCCGACUGAUUUUGAAGUCCACAUUCGAAAACACCAAGAAAAAUGGACAACAGCCCAGGAGAUGGAGGUGGAGGAGUCAUCCUGUAUGCAAGCUCCUCUGGAAGCUCUAGCCCCAGCCCAGGCAGCCCCUCCAGUGGGUACCAGACACAGUCGCCUUCCUCACACUCACAGCCAUCGUCGCCAGAGGAAGUUACCUUCCCGGAGAUUGGGGCACUGAAAGAAAGGGAAGCUGGGUCACCCACUCCAAACUCCAAACUCGUGUUCCAGUUCCCUGAAGUCUAUCGUGGCCCUCCUGCAGCAGCCACUGCGCAGCAUACCUAUGCACAUCCAAUUCCUGGAAAAAGGCCGCGUGGCUUCCAUGGAACAUUCACUAAGAAUGGUGGAAUGGUUCUACUCUGCAAGGUCUGUGGGGAUAUUGCGUCCGGUUUCCAUUAUGGAGUCCAUGCAUGUGAAGGAUGCAAGGGAUUUUUCCGCCGCAGCAUCCAACAGAACAUCAACUACAAGAUGUGCGUGAAGAACGAGAACUGUCUGAUCAUGCGCAUGAAUCGCAAUCGGUGCCAGCACUGUCGGUUCAAGAAGUGCCUGUCUGUUGGCAUGUCACGAGACGCGGUGCGUUUUGGACGCAUCCCUAAAAGAGAAAAACAGCGACUUCUAGAUGAGAUGCAGAGCUACAUGAACAGCCUAAAUGAGUCGGCUGCCAUGGACAUGGACUCAUCCUCCCUGAAAGAUACACCCCUCAGCGAAGAAGACUGCAGCUCAAAAGAGGCCAUCGGGGCCAUCUCCAGAGCCUACCAGGACAUCUUCAGUGGCAACAGCCAGGAGAGGACAGCCAAGAGGGCUAAAAUAAGCACCACCAACAGCAACGCUUCUCAAGAUUGCAGUUUCUGGCAGAUUUCAGGACAAGCCAACUCUGCCCAGAGUUACCAGUCUUGCCCAGUUUCCUCUGAUAACCCCCAACUUAUUUUCCACAACAUGAACAACAAUCGAUACACAUAUACGGUGUCAACAAAUCAAGCUCAUCAACCAAGUGUUGACGCUCCUCAAAGAGAGUCUGACAAUUAUUCAUGCAAGCCAAGGAAUGCCACAAAUCAACCCUCAUGCCCAUGGAAGUUAGCUCCGGGAGCUAAAGUGCUGGCCUGUCCUCUUAAUGCAUGCCCUGUAUCUGGGGCAGAGCGCACCAGUCAGGAGAUUUGGGAGUCCUUUUCUCAGUGUUUCACUCCUGCUGUCAAGGAGGUGGUAGAAUUUGCCAAGGGCAUCCCAGGAUUUCAAGAGCUUAGCCAGCAGGACCAAGUCAUGCUGCUUAAAUCAGGCACCUUCCAGGUUCUGAUGGUGAGGUUCUGCACCUUGUUCAAUGCUGCAGAGCAUACAGUGACCUUCCUGAAUGGCCAAACAUACCCCUUGUCCAUCCUGCGUGCUUUGGGCAUGGGCUCCCUACUGGAUGCAAUGUUCGACUUCAGUGAGAAGCUGGCCUCCAUGGGGUUAGAGCCUGAUGAAAUGGCCCUCUUCAUGGCUGUGGUGUUGGUCUCAGCAGAUCGUUCCGGCGUUUCCGACGUGCUCGCUGUUGAGCAGCUCCAGGAGGGUCUUAUCCAUGCUUUGUGGUCACUGAUCACUCGACGCCGUCCAGAUGACACCUCGCUCUUCUCCAAACUACUGCUGCGACUGCCAGACCUCCGCACCCUCAACAAUCUGCACUCCGACAAACUUUUGGCCUUUCGCAUUGACCCUUGAGCAAGCCACUUGUUCAGCGAGCACAGCUGAAAAACACAUCAGACACAUUCACACACACAUUAGCUUCCAAUGGUGGGACUUUCUUUAUAAGAGAGGAACAAGGAAUGGUGCAAUCUAAUAGUGUUUUUUUUUUUUUUUUUUUUUUUAAGGAAAAGGGUAUCAAAAUAUUUUUGAUCCACUGUUGGGAUAAAUAAACAUGCUCACAAAAAGUCACGUGUGCACACAAACUGCAACACCUUGUUAGAGUAAAAUAAUUCCAGUAACAGCAAGUCGAACAAAUCAUUUUGGGACUCAAUCUUUAUAAUCAGUGUACUUAAUAGUAACACAGGCCAUCUCUGACAGACAAAUCUCAGACCCAUGAGUUUAGGGACCAUUAGUGAUGACAUGUUACGAGCUAGUUUGUUUUUAAGAGAAAGGGAAUGUAUAUAUAAAUACAUAGCAAAAUCUGAACUGUUGUGCAUCUUCAUUUCACCACCCACAUUAAUACUGGAAUGAGACCAUUCACUUAUUGUGUCACCUGUACACAACAUUGUUUUUGGACUAAAUAUAUAAAACCUACAUAAAGGCAUUUUAAAUUGUUCCACUAAAAACAUUGUGUCUACAUUGACAUCAGUAUCCAAAAUACCUGGAGUAGUGAAAGGUCUCUGUGCAUGUUUUGUAGUUCUGUUGUUUAUUUUUCUUGUUGUAUAUAUGAUGUUUAUCCAAAUAUGACUGACCAGAUAUAGUGGGUGGGAGUUUGGUGAAAAUAAGAAUGUUCUGCUGACCUUCCAGUACAAGGUGGGGGGUUUGGGAUAGGGGGCUUUGCACAGGAGAACAUGUAGUCGGGAGUCUAGACAGACCUUUAACACACUGCCUGCAUUGAAAUGAUUUAACCAACCAGCAUAAUCCCUGGAAUCACCAGCACCCACUCCACAUGCACCCUGCACCUACCCCCAAUGUUUGUCAUACAAACUAAAGAGAUACGUAUUUAGAGUGGGAGAUCUUAUUUGAUUGGUCGUCUCAGUGAUUGUUUGAUUGAUCACGGCUGAUUGAGUACUUGUUGUACAUUUUGUAAAUCUUUAAUAUAACUGAUAUAAACUUCAGAUUGUGUAUUAA